AUGGCAGGAAAGAGGGAGAAAAUUAUGAUUGAUGAAUUCACGAAAAAUACUAGUACAGGACGAACAGAAUCACCAGAAAUGUUGACACGGAAUAGAUCACAACGUCCGGACACUUACAGGGGGCUUGGUCAUACCUAUGCCCCAGCCAGUCAGGGUGUGCGAAGCUCCUUCCCUGCUGCUGCUGCUGGUGGUGGAGUGGUUAGGAAUCCUCAGCCUUACAGUGCUAUAGAUGCUGGCUUAGGGACUGCAGUAAAUUUGGACAGAAAAAGUAACUUUUAUGUACAGCAGGCAGCUCCAAGUGCUACAGUUGGUUUCCAGUCAACAAAACUGGAACAUUCAGCACCCAGUCAGAAACCGUACGACCACAUGACCUCCCUUCCAACUUCCUUGCCUGUUAGGCUUCCUUCAAGCACAAAUGUUUCCAUUCGUGGAGGGCGCAUUAUUCCUAUUCAGUUUGACAGGGAAAUGGUGAAUCCUCAUUAUCAGGAUAAACCCAUGUUUGUUGACGACCUGGUGACUACAGCCUCUUACACUGGCAGCCAGCCGGCCCCUCCCACUUACUCCAGCUGUUCAGGCGGGAACAGCGACACACAACAGCCUCAGCCUCGAGUAGUUAUUCAUGAACCUGUACGUCCUCCUCAACCUGCUGGUUUAUCGUCUAAUAUUGAUCACGACUUAUUGGAGCAACACCAGGAAGGAGAUGAUAUGUUUGAUGAUGAUAAAUUGUUCAAGAAACCGCCUUCAUUUAGUACAUAUCCAAAACUAAAACGAGGAUUCUCAAACAUUGUUGAAAACCAGAGACGUCUGAACUGGUGGGCAGAGCUGCGCGUCUGCCAGAGACUCCUUCCCAUGGCAACCAGUGGAGAUGGUAACUGUCUGCUGCAUGCAGCCUCUCUGGCAAUGUGGGGUAUUCAUGACCGGCAGCUGAUAUUGAGGAAAGAAUUGCAUGAGACGCUGACCAAAGCCCCAUACAAGGAUGCUCUGUACAGACGAUGGCGCUACCAGCAGACUAUGAAUAACAAGCAGUCUGGGCUUGUGUUCAGCGAGGCUGAGUGGGAGGAGGAGUGGACAAACAUACUUCGUCUGGCUUCUCCCUUGCCACGAGGGGCACCUGGCCCAGCCAGACCUGGCAGUUGUCAUGACAAUCUGGGAUCACAACGAUUUGAAGAACCAGUUGUGUAUGAAAGUCUGGAGGAGUUCCACGUGUUUGUGCUGGCCCACGUUCUCCAACGACCUAUUAUCGUAGUUGCUGACACUAUCCUCAAAGACUCCAACGGUGAAGCUUUAGCUCCCAUACCUUUCCCUGGGAUCUACCUGCCCCUGGAGGUGACGUCUGUGUUUAGGUUUCCCCUGUUGCUUACCUACGAUGCUGCUCACUUCUCCGCACUGGUCCCCAUGGAGCAGAAUCCCGUGUCUCCGCUCCAGUUGCCAGCCGCUAUACCAUUACAAGACCCAGAGUUGAAUCUGCUGCCCUUACACUUCCACAUAGACCCAGGGCCAAAGGUGGACUGGGGUCAAGGAUUUGACCUUGAGGCUCAGCAGGAGGAGCCCCUGAAACUUCUGCAGAGAUUCCUGGAGCUGGAGAGACUGCCGCUGAAACUGGCUGAUGUCAACGGUGACAGCGACCGGGGAUCUUGUGGCUCUCAGGAUUCUGAUGACACCAGCACCUUGGCCAGGGACAAGGACAAGAAGAAGAAAGAUGCCAGGAUGUCACAGCAGGUGCAGACAGUUGCCAGGCAGUUUGGCAGCAUCGGCAAGAGCAUGGGGAAAAAACUGAAACAGCUGGGAAAGGGAAAGGGGGAGAGAACUCGUCCACCCAGUGUUGGCAAUGAAAUUACUCAAAGCACCAGAGUGCAUUCAAAUUAUGGAAAUCAAGGAAAUGAGACAGUUUUAGUUGCAAAACUAUCAGAGAAGCGAGGAAAACAACAACAAGAAAUGGUUCAGAACUAUUUGAAAGAUGCCAGAGAAAGGUUUGAGGCCGAUCGAGAAUUAAAGCGGCGAAGUGAUAUGGAGUUGCGAAGCAGAGUCAAUCCGUGUCCAGACAUUAUCUGUAGCACUCCUGGAUGUGGAAUGUCUGCGUCUCCUCAGACCAACUACUACUGCUACCGCUGUUUUGCCGCCCAUCAGCGAGAGUCAUCAACCUCACACAAAGCCAGUGGAAACUUUAUUUACAACACUUUUCCUCGAAGAGACAGCCAGACGAUUUCAUCCCACAUCACCGCAGAUGAGAUCUUUAAAAUCGGCAAAUCAAAGUUCUAUACUUCUAGCAACGAGGAUCUAGACAGACUGGUCUCUGCUGCACCUCACGGAAACAAGCAACCGACACCUUCUUACAAUGUCAAUGAUUCCAGGGUGAGGUCCCCUUCUCCUGACUACGACAACUGUUCUGAUCUUGGCCUUGCCAGGGCAGAAAGGCUUCCAUCCUCCAGUCCCCAGACAGUACACAGACAGUACCCGGAGCAGCGGCACCAGUGCCGCACGCCCGGUUGUGAUUUCUAUGGGAGUUACCAAUCGGACGGCUUGUGCUCAAAAUGUUACCAGAGACAAUACCAAGACAGCCUGUCCAGGGCUACCCUGGGAAUUACCAAGUUGUGA